UUCUUUUCUAAUUUCAGAUCCCACUCUCCUAAUUUAUCAAAUAGUUCAAUUAAUAGUAGAUUAAUGGAUAACAAUGAAGCCAAAUCCCUUAGGGUUCUAGGAGCUAAUUCACCAACGCCUGCUAACUUAGCGUUUACACCCACCUCUGUCCUACGCAAAAUGACGGCUGGAUCCAACGCUGGUGACAAGGACCCUGCUCUGGACCCAUUGAGCAACCUCUCCUCCAUACCUGGAGAACUCAAACCUGGCCUAGACUCCAAUGCUGGUCCUUUACCAGGAUCACACUGGAAUAACCCCCGACCGGUUGGGCGACCAAUCGUGAAAUCAAGUUCAAUGGUUCCACCACCUACAUUCCAACCAAGCAUACCUCCUCCCUCCAUGAUGAACGAGUAUUUGAUGAAUGUCCCACCACCUCCAUCGCAGUACAAUGUGAUGCCACCCCGUUCUAAAAUGUCACAACCCUCAUCGCAGUACAACAAUGCAAUGAUGAUGGGUCUCAACCGCCCUAGCAACUACCCCUCCAGAG